AUGUCGACGCUAGCACCACUCAAGGAGCUGGGGAAUGAAACCGAUCCUCGCUCCUCCUCGGCAUCUACCCUGGCCAGCCACCUUGCCGCUCCCCAGGCAAAGGAACUUGAAGAAGAGUCCUCAGACGAGAAGCGGGCCGCUUCAACCAAAGAGGAAGAAGAUGUGGCCGACUCAAACAAUCCCGAUGAUAUCGAGUAUCCUACAGGAAUCAAGAUGUUUUUCAUCGUCGUGGCUCUCGUCCUCAGUAUCUUCCUCCUUUCUCUGGAUAUGACCAUUGUUGCAACCGCCAUUCCUAAGAUCACAGACGAAUUCAAGGGUCUCGACAAGGCUGGCUGGUAUGGAGCCGCCUUCUUCAUGACAGUCGGCGCCUUCCAAUCUACAUGGGGUAAAAUCUACAAGUACUUCCCCCUGAAGACAUCCUUCCUCAUCGCCAUCUUCAUCUUCGAGCUCGGCUCCGUCAUCUGUGGCGCCGCCCCCUCCGCCGAAGCCCUCAUUGCCGGCCGUGCCAUCGCCGGACUUGGCGCAGCAGGUCUCGGCGCGGGAGCCUACACCAUCAUCGCCUUCGCCGCUCCCCCCAAGAACCGCCCGGCCUUCACAGGCAUCAUCGGUGCCGCAUACGGUUUCGCCAGUGUCAUCGGACCCCUCCUGGGCGGUGCCUUCACCGACAACGUCAGCUGGCGAUGGUGCUUCUACAUCAACCUCCCCAUCGGAGGCGUCUCGGCCGGCAUCAUCCUCCUCUUCUUCCAGACCCCCAAGCAUGCCGUCCCUGAGCAGGCUCCCCUCCUCGAGAAGCUUCGCCAGAUGGAUCUCCCAGGUGUCGCUCUGGUCAUGGGCGGUGUCAUUGCCUACCUCCUCGGUGUCCAGUACGGCGGUGUCGCCCACCCCUGGAACUCCUCCGUCGUCGUCGGCCUCCUCGUCGGCUUCGUCGCCAUCGUCGCCGCCUGGGCUGGUCUCCAGUGGAUCCAGGGCGAGCGCUCCAUGGUUCCCCCCCGACUCGCCAAGGAGCGCACCAACUACAUCAUGAGCGCCUUCGCCUUCGUCUUCGCCGGUGGUUUCUUCGCCGCCAUCUACUACAUCCCCGUCUACUUCCAGUCCGUCCACGGCACCUCCCCCACCAUGAGCGGCGUCCGCAACCUGCCCAUGAUCAUCGCCGUCACCAUCUCCACCAUCGCCAGCGGCGCCCUCGUCUCCGCCACCGGCUACUACCAGCCGCUCCUCAUCGCCGGCGGCGUCAUGGCCACCGUGGGCAGCGGCCUCCUCUACCUGCUUGACACCAACUCCUCCACCGGCCAGUGGAUCGGGUACCAGAUCCUCGCCGGCGCGGGGUGGGGGCUCGCCUUCCAGAUCCCCAUGAUCGCCGUCCAGGGCACCGUCGACCCCAAGGACCUCGCCUCCGCGACGGGCAUGCUCCUCUUCUUCCAAGGGCUAGGCGGCGCCUUCCUCGUCUCGGGUUCCCAGGCCGCCUUCGUCAACCAGAUGAUCGCAAAGGUCAUGAGCCUCAACCCGGGCGUCGACCAGGCCCUCCUCGUCCUCACCGGCGCGACCGAGAUCCGCAACGUCUUCCCCAGCGAGCAGCAGCACGACGUCAUUGACGGCUACAUGACCGGGCUCAAGGUCGUGUUCGCCAUGUGCAUUGCCUGCUCUGGUCUCGCCACGCUAAUUGGUUUCGGUACCAGGUGGCAGAGGCUGAGCCAGGAUAAGCGUGGCGGUGCCAUGGCAUAA